UCUUUGGAAUGAGGUGUGGGGUUGGUGGAGUUUCUCCUGUCCUGGGCUCUGAGCCACUGCCUCCCUCUGGCCUGGCUCAGGAAGCUAGGAAAGCUGACUGGGACAGAGUGAGGUAUCAGGGAUAUAAAAUCUGACUUCCAGUGACUAAAGGGAUCCCAGAGCAAGCAGGGAGCUCAAAGGGGUGUCCUUGUGUCCACCACUUCAGGAAGGUUGUGUGAAGAGUGAAUGUGACGGAGCGCACCCACCUGUACCCUAAAGAACAUUCACACGAGGCCAUAGUGUGGCAAAAGCAGCCAUCCACUGCUGCUGAACCCCCAGAAGAGGAUGAAGAUAAGCAGACAGAUGCUGAGCUCCAGCCACAGGCUGUGGACCAUGGCAAACAAGAACAUCAAGCAAGAAGUGGUGAAUGGGAUUUGGAACAAGGUGCUGACCUUGGACACCAUGAACCAAUGUGUGAAAACCAUGGAGUAUGCUGUACUAGGGCCCACCAUGCUGCGGGCUAUGGAGCUGGAGAGAGAGCUUCAGCAGGGUGUGAAGAAGCCCUUCACAGAGAUUAUCAAGGGCUUUAAAGGAGAUGCCCAUGCUAUGGGUCAGAAGCCCAUCACUUUUAUGUGCCAGGUCUUGGCCCUCUGCCAGUACCCAGAUCUCCUGAGCAGUCCAUCCUUCCCAGAAGAUGCCAAGAAGAGGGCAAGGAGGAUCUUGGAGGCUUGUGAAGGCCACAGCACAGGGUCUUACAGCGCCAGUGCUGGCAUCCAGAUGAUCCGAGAAGAUGUGGCAAGGUACAUGGAACAUCGGGAUGGGGGCAUUGCUUCUGACCCUGAAAACAUCUUCCUGUCCACAGGGGCUACCAGUUCCAUCAUGGCAGUGCUGAAUCUGUUGGUGUCAGGCAAAGGGAAGAACAGGACAGGGGUCAUGAUUCCCAUUCCCCAGUACCCAUUAUAUUCAGCCACCCUGGCUCAAUUUGAUGCUGUCCAAAUCAACUACUACUUGAAUGAGGAGCGUCACUGGGAACUAGAUGUGGCUGAGUUGCAAGGGGCGCUCAAUCAGGCCAAAGCUCACUGCCAGCCUCGGGUCCUUUGUGUCAUCAAUCCUGGCAACCCCACAGGGCAGGUCCUGAGCCGUGAGAACAUUGAAGCUGUCAUCCGAUUUGCCUAUGAGGAGCAUCUCUUCCUGAUGGCUGAUGAGGUUUACCAGGACAAUAUAUAUGCUGAGGGAUCCCAGUUCCACUCAUUCAAGAAGGUGCUGAUGGAGAUGGGCCCACCCUAUGCCCAGCAGCUAGAGCUUGCUUCCUUCCACUCCUGCUCUAAAGGCUACGUGGCCAAGUGUGGGUUCCGGGGGGGCUACACAGAAGUAGUGAAUAUGGACCCUGCAGUAAAGCAGCAGAUGUUAAAGUUGGUCUCAGUUUGGCUGUGCCCACCAGUACCAGGGCAAAUUGUCAUGGACAUAGUGACGAAUCCCCCUCAACCUGGGGACCCCUCUUAUGAGCAGUUCCAGCAGGAGAAGAAGGCUGUGCUAUCGGACCUGGCGGAGAAGGCUCUGCUCACGGAGAAGAUUUUAAACAAGCAACCUGGCAUCCACUGCAACCCAGUGCAAGGGGCUAUGUACUCUUUCCCUCGCAUCCAGCUACCCCCCAAAGCAUUGCAGCGUGCAGAGGAGCUGGGCCAGCCUGCUGACUUGUUUUUCUGCAUACAACUCCUGGAGGAGACUGGUAUUUGCGUUGUGCCUGGCAGUGCCUUUGGCCAGAAAGAUGGCACCUACCACUUCAGGAUGACCAUUCUUCCCCCUUUGGAGAAACUGAAGAUCGUUCUAGAGAAACUGAACCAAUUUUAUGCCAAGUUUACUCAGGAAUAUUCCUAGUGGACAGAGACUGAAGGGAAAAGAGGGGUGGAGAACUACUGCUUGUCCAUUACUUAGACCUUCUCUGGAAAUAAAUCUUGGGAUCCCUACCUGUCUAUAUUUUCUUCCUUUUCCUGUGUUUCCCUUUCCUUCACUGGGGGCUAUUAGAGAGAGGGUGAGAAAACCAAGGUGGUGGACAAGGCCCAGAGGUAUCAGCACAGAUUUGGAUUGUGUCCCCUCUGAGGAUUCCAAGUGAGAGCCAUAGAGAUCCCUGGGAGGUACAAGGGUUGAUGGAUUGAGCCCCUGGGUCCCUCUUACAGGGCAUCCUAAUAAAGAUAUUGAAGAUGAUUUGGUGCCCCUACUCCUUAGGAAGAACAAUAAAGGGGUAUGUGACUUUGUGA